CACAACCAGUGACCAUGGCAGAGGGGGGCAUGUCCUACAUGAACAUUUAAAUAAGGAAUUCUUUGAAUGAGCUGACCAGAUCAGCAAACAUACCUUGAAGAACCAUUUAGUCUUCUAGUUAUGCUCCCUGCUGUAAGAAUGUUUACUCCUCAACUAAUAUCCUUGGUCCUGGUUACUUACUUGUCUGCUGUGCAAGGACGUCUGCCAUGUCAUCUCGUCAAUGCCACCAUAUCUGCCGAGAAGGACCACUGUCCAGUGUGCAUCACCUUUACAACCACAAUCUGCAGUGGUCACUGUUGGGCAAAGGAUCCAGUCUAUAAAACUGCUCUUGCUGCAGUUAAACAAAAAAUCUGCACGUAUAAAGACAUUCGCUAUGACACCAUCAAACUACCAGACUGUUUACCUGGCACAGACCCUUUCUUCACCUACCCUGUGGCACUGAGUUGUGACUGUGACCUCUGUAAGAUGGACUACAGCGACUGUACCGUGGAGAGUAGUAGUGAGCCUGAUGUGUGCGUGAAGAGCCGCCUAGAUAUGUAAUACCCUCCAGCCAAAGCACAAAACCUGAAGAUUCUAUAGGCAAAUUCCCCAAAUCUAUAAUAAAAAUGUACAUAUGUAGCAGAUCUGCUGAUGACUGUAAGCAUGUAACGUACACGACCCUUAAUAAAUCCA